AUGGCCAAGUCCAAGAAACACACCACACACAACCAGUCCCACAAAUGGCAUAGAAAUGGCAUCAAGAAACCCUGGUCACAAAGUUACAAAUCUCUUAAGAAGGUUGACCCCAAGUUCCCGAGGAACAUACACUUUGCCAAGAAGUACAACAAGAGGGGCCUGAAGAAGAUGCAGGCCAACAAUGCAAAGGCAGUGAGUGAACAUGCAGAGGCCGUCAAGGCCCUUGUGAAGCCUCAGGCCAUCAAGUCCAAGAUGCCAAAAGGCCCUAGCCACAAACUCAGCUGCCUGGCUUUCAUUGCUCACUCUAAGCUUGGGAAGCGAAUUGGAAGCUACAUGGCCAAGGGUUGUAGGCUCUGCCAACCAAAGCCGAGGCAGAGGCCAAAGUUCCAGCAAAGGCCCAGGCUUCAGCUCCAGCCCAGGCUCCUAAAGGUGCCCAGGCCCCUGUGA